AUGAGUUUCUCAAUAUAUGGUGAUAUCUCCCGACCAAAGGAAAAAUAUGGUGCCAUUCACUCCGAUAGAUUCAUACUGCAAAGGGCAUUCGGUACAGCGUCCGAACGAGCGCGGCGCAAUCUUAAUGCCAAAUUUUCCAACCCGCUGGCUGGCUGCAGUCAUACAGAGUUGAGACAACAGGAACGCACAUUUACAGAGUCCUACGAUAUGGGUGAUGAGUCCGAUAUUCGCGCUUUUAGGUACGCCAAUGUUGCUGGUCUGACCCAUGAAGAGAAGGAGGUAUUUCGCCGUGAGUUCACCAAUAAAUGUUCGCAGCCAUGGAAAUUGUACGCCAUGAUCGCACUAUGUUCAUCAUCUGCUGCUCCAAAAUCACUAACAAAACUAAACGAAACGGUCGUCAACGGAGCCCAGAUCUUCUACAUACACCAAUUCGGCAUUGGUGGUGACUCUGCUCGAAGCACAUGGCUUGUGGGUCUAUCCAACACGGCACCCUAUUCAUGCUACGCUUUCAUCAGCUGCUGGCUAAUUGUCCCCUUCAACCACUGGUUCGACCGACGCGGUACAAUAUUCAUCACAUACUGUUUUUCUGCAAUUGCCUCCUUAUUAAAAGGGGUUGUGAGCAAUUGGUGGGCUAUGGCUGUUGUGCGACUUAUGUUAGGAUUCGAAAUCGGUCCCAAGUCAGCAACUGUGCCAAUGUACGCUGCAGAGUGCGGCCCGCCACCCAUCAGGGGGGCACUGACAAUGCAGUGGCAGAUGUGGACUGCAUUCGAGAUUAUGGUGGGGUAUGCAGCGGGCUUGAUGUUCUAUAAUGUGAACUCGUCUGCAAUUGUCGGACUCAAUUGGCUAUGUUUGAUGGCUUCGGCGAUGUUUCCUGCGCUGGUGGUUUGUUGUUUUGUUUUUGCUUGUCCUGAGUCGCCGCGGUGGUACAUGAGCCAGAAGCAGUAUUACCGUGCGUAUCAGGCGAUCUUCACGCUGCGACAUCGCUGCAAGAGAUCUUUACUACAUGCAUACUCUGUUGAGGCUGAGAGCAGCAUGAGGCUUGGUCGGAACAAGCUACUAGAAUUGAUUACAGUACCACGCAACCGCCGGGCACUAGUUGCGUCUCAGAUUGUGGUUUUUAUGCAGCAGCUCUGUGGUGUCCACGUUAUUGCAGACUACUCUGCCGAGAUUUUUCCCGAGGUGAGCCCAGCCCUCAACGCGGUCACACAAGAAGCCCUAACCAAAGCACAGGCCAAGUUCACCUCGAUUGCAGCCCUCGCCGCGUCCCUCGGAUGGGGCGUGAUCAAUUGGCUAUUUAACAUUCGGGCAAUUUACACAAUUCAUACUUUUAGGAGAAGGAACCUGUUACUAUUUACUCUCCCACUGAUGUCACUGGCGAUGUUCUUCACCGGAUUCAGAUUCUGGAUCCCAGAAAGCAGCCAGACCGAUCGGCUCGCAUGUAUAGUACUCGGCACAUAUUUUUUCGGAAUCGUCUAUUCACCUGGCGAGAGAUCGGUCCCUUACACAUAUUCAGCCGAGGCAGAUCCUCUGUACGUGCGAUCUUAUGGGAUGACGCUGGCAACAGCCACGGCGUGGAUUUUUAAUUUCAUUCUUGCUGUAACUUGGCCGUCAAUAAAAAAGGCGUUCAUAGCGCAAAGAGAGUUCUCUUGUUAUGCGGGUUGGAGUUUGGUGGGGUAG